AUGUGGAGGUUGGUGACUCGUCAUUCUCGCGGCUGGUGCUGCCAGGGGAAUUCGGGGGCCUACGUCUGCGCCAUCUCCUGGGGCAUCACGGACCCCCGCGACGUUGUCCGCAAGGCUUGGCGUGUGGCCUGCCAUGGGAAUCCAACGCCCCGCGACGGCUCCACGGUGCAGCGAAUGAGAGGCCCGGUCCUCGAUGCGCGCACUGGCAAGCGGAUCAGUGCUGCUGCAGUCAGCAUCUACGAGUCAGAGUGCACUGGUAAUGGAGCAUGGGAUUCUAGAAGAAAAGAAGCAGUUCAGAUCAAGACAGUAUAG